AUGGGCACCUCAGCGGAGGAAUCGGCGAGAAAUAUGGCCCUGCUCUUCUUCAUGGACCAUCUGAUGCAGAAGAAUGGACGCCGCACCAUCCACGACCUUUCCUGCCAGUUCGGCGCCCGCGGCUUCACCGAAGAGAUGCGGAAUGCCGUCGGCGCCACGCAGGAAGGUCUCACCGAAUUCCUCCAAUCACAGCCGUCGCUUUUCACCGUUGAGGGGGACCAGGUAAUCCUCAACGGCCACGGCGACAUCACGGCUAAAAAUAACCCACUCCUUCAGAAUGGCUCUAGACAAAGAGACUACGAGAUGGAGGCCGUCCAGUUUUUCGUCAACAAGCUCACCAAGUUCGGGCCCGAGUUGCAGAUAAAAUCGCUGCUCGGCCAUCGCUCGCAGGCUGCCCCGGAAGUUCGCCUCGUCUCCGGGAGACAUUUGAAGGAUUUCUGUGAAUUCCUCCAGAUGCAAGUGGACUACUUUGUCGUUGAGGGGGAUCGUGUUAGGUUGAAGAAUAUGCCCGAACCAAAUGAAGACGCGAUCGAGCUCGACGACGAGGGAAAACCGCUGGCCGGGGUGAAGGCGAAGCAGGCCGCUGUAGAAUAUCUGAAGAGUGUCCUUGAACAGAACGACGAUCAACCGAUCCCGUUGGACGCCUUCUAUCAGCACUUCUGCGGCCGCUUCUCCCAUUCGGUGCGCCAGGAUGUGGCCACGAAUCCGAAGGAACUGCUCCAAUUCCUGAAGCUCAACCGGGGCCUAUUCUUUAUCCGCAGUAACAAGGUCUCCUUGGUCAAGAAUCGACCAUCCGAAGACGGCUCUGAAAACGGAUCGGAUGAGGGGGAACCCGAGCCCAACAACAACCUCUUCCCACUGGACCAAACGGCUUUGCCACGGAUUCACUAUGUGAAAGCGUUGAAACCGGCACAGGAUUUGAUCCAAAGUCUGUGGUCCGACAUCGAAUCGAUGGAUCGGAAGGUGGUCGGAGCCGACCUUAAGACGGUCACCGUCGGCAUCGACGGCGAGCAGUUCCUCUCACUAGCCAUCAUCGCAACCACAUCGCAGAUCGGUGUAUUUGACCUCGCCUCCUCGGACGUCAUGUUACUCGAAAGCGGCAUCAAACAGCUCUUCGAAUCGAAUGCUGUCGAGAAAAUCAUGCAUGAUGCACGACGCGUCAGUUCGCUGCUAGCCCACAAAUAUGCCGUGAUGCUUCGAAACGUAUUUGAUACUCAGGUGGCGCACGCGGUGCUGCAGCACGACAAAUUCGGCAAGCCUCUCCACGACACGCGGCCGAUCAGCUUCGUCAACCUGCAGCGCGUCUACUAUCCCCAGUCGAUCCUAAUGAGCGACGUGACCCCGAGAAAGCUUUCGAUGAGCCCGAACUGGGGUCUACGGCCGAUCAACGACGACUUCCUGUUGACGGCCGUGGAGGAGGCUCACACGCUGGUUUGCGCGCUGUAUCAGCAGCUCUCCAACCUGAUCCCCGUCCAUUUGAGAGGCCUUUUCGAAGACAAAUGUAUCGAGGCGCUCCUCGCCUCGCCCAAUCGGCCACCGCCCCAGAAUUUUAAUAAUGGCUCGCCAUAUCGCUCUUCUACCCGUCGUGGCGACCGCGUCCCCUACGUAGCGCCCACACCGUAUCAGGCCGUGCCAGCUAGUCAAUUCCCGCGGAAAAUGGUCGACGCCUCGUGCCAAACAUUUUCCACGGGCGACAUCCAAGUGCUCAACGUGUAUUACGAGUCGGCGCCCACCCAGGCGAAUGCUUCUCAUGAAACUUCU